CAAUUGUAUUUUUAAUAUAACUAUAUGCUAAAUAUACACACGCUAUUAUUACUUCACCUUAUAUAUUAAAAUUGAAUAUACGCGCGCAAUAUCUCGAUUAGGUGCAGUGGCGCCACGAACGGUCAUGCGCAGAGCACUGAACGUUCAUUGCGCAUGCUCAUUAAGAAUCAUGAUGGGAGCGUUAUCAGCUUUAGGUGGGGUAUUUAUUUUGGUGUCGGGAAUGCAUGUAUUAAAAUUUUAAAACGAAAUUUAGAAGUGAUAAUCAUCCUAUUGAUGAAUUUUUAGAUUAACUGCAUGACAUAAAUAAAAAAUCACCAAUGGAGAACGUAGAAAGUCCAAACAUACUGGAAUGGAAGCUGCCGGAUCAAGUGAUGCAAAUGCAUCGUUUAAAAAUGAAAAAGCGUGCUUUGCAAGCACGCAUGAAUAAUAAAAUGCACAAUACCAAUGAAGAAUCAUCCUCACCAAUUAAUAAUUCAUCCAAUAAUUCAAGUUUUAAUUUGAAUCAACCAGCAUCACUAAAGCGUAAAAAUCCUUUUUUAAAAGACAAUGCGAAGAAGGAAGAAAAAGAUAUGGUAGUAGAAGGCAAUUUAGAAAUGAGCAGUGACAGUACUUUGUUUGAGUUAUUAAACAUUAAUGUUAAGAAAAAAAAGACUGUCGAAGAUAGUAUUCCAGAUAGUUCUUUAAAUUUUACAAGUGUAUUAGCUAAGCUAGAAAAUAAUGCAUGCAUACCAGAACUAGAAGUUCAGAAAGGUGAAAAAUACAUUCCAAUAGAUUGGUCGUUGAAAACUAAAAUGAGGUUUAUGUCCCCAAAGCCGUUCCCUUGGAACAGUAAAUUGAAAACAAGCGAAGAGGCUUCGGGUACUACCAGUUUUGUAAGAUGUUUAGAUAUAGGAGAAAAAGAAACUACAUUAGAUACGAGCCCAAAUGCAAGAUUUCAUCAAUGUUGCCUCGUAUGGCAGCAUCCAUCAUUACCAUGGUUAGAAUUAUUUCCUCGCUCUGCUGGCAAAGUGAGUGCAAGUUUAGGAAGCAAUGCUGCAGUAGCAAAUAAUCAAAUGAUAAGAGAUGCUUUGUACAGAGAAUGGUGUGACAGUUUUAGAUCACUUUUUCAUUUAUUACGAGCACGACAAUGUGCAUAUUUUUAUGUUUGUACAAAUAAUUUCACUGUUCUUUUCCGUGCUGCUGGUAUAUGUGGUCUGUCUGAAAUGCAUGCCUUGUUGACACCUACAACACGUGGUUUUCGACAAUCUUUAAAACAAGAAGAGAUAGAAUAUACUAUGCCAUUAAAAAAAGAACACAAGAAGAUAUUAAAUUUAAGUGAUUCUGGUUGUGAAACAUUGGAUUCUUGUUCUUCAUCUGCGGUCCUUAAUGAAGAAGAAGACGAGGCACAAGAUAAAUGGUUGCAAAGUCUUGGCGUAGAGAAUUCAGAAAUUCAAAAAAUUAAUAGUUCUCAGGCAAGAAUGAACUUAGAAAAGGAAAGUGAAGUGGAUAGCAUGAGACAGUCUCUAGUAUUUGUCAAAGGUAUCGAAGCUCAAGCUUUGUUCAAUUUGUUAAUUAAUUGUAAAUCAGCCAUAACGACAACUGGUGCGUUGGCUGGUGUUCCACCAACUCUGUUAGCACCAUCUGCGUUUCAUGGAGCUACUCUAAGACCAUUGAAGGUAAAAGAAAGCAUAGUUAGAGUGGAUAAGGAUAGAUUUUAUUCAUUGGAGUUGAAAGGUCCUAUUUUACCUCACGUAUUACCUUCUCUUUGCGAUUUGAUGAAAUCAAGUCAAUUAGAACAAUUUUCGGUUAGUUGUGCUCAUUUAUCAACGACGACAUCCUUCUCUGCUGCUAAACAUGGUUUGGAACAAAUAGAAACGGAGGAUGUACCUAAAACGCAACAAAAUAUAUUCGGACAAGAAAAUUUGAGCGAUUGUGGAUUUAAUAGUAUUUUGUUAAAACAUUUCUGUAAUCCAGAUCCAGCUAGAAUCGAACUUGUAGAAGCGCUUAAAUAUUCCAAUGGUUUAUACACAUUAUCGUAAUAAUUAUCAAUGAUGCUUCAAAGCAUUGAUAUAAAAUUUUCUACUAGAAAAGGAGAAGAAGAAGAAGAAGAAGAGGAGGAAGAAAAAAGAAGGGUUUUUAAAGUGCACAUUCUCUCUCUAAUAUGGGUGUUUAUAUGCAAACAAAUUGUUUUAAUUGUUAUGACUAAAGGUAUCGACUAUAAUUAAUAUAUAAUAAUAUAAUUAUUUAUUUAAGAGACGUUAAUAUUUCUCAGGAGAUAAUCAACGAGAUAAUUUUAAAUGAAUUCGACGAUAAAAGUGCCUUGUAAAAUAUAAUCAUAUAUAUAUAUAUAUUUAGAUGUC